AUGCCGCCGGACGCCCGGCACUGCCUGCGCCGCGCCCGCCGCAUCCAGCGGGGCUGGAAACUCCACGGAGCAGCUGAGCGCCUGCUCCGCGCUCGGCCCUCCGAGCCCGGCACGGAGCGUGGGCUCGGGACACAUGCCCAUGCGGCGCAACGGUCCGUUGAUCUCAUCGCGGAGCGGCGGCGGCGCCCGGAGCCCGGCGAGGCGGCGGCGGAGCUCGGAGGCGGCUCCAGCCCAGGUGGGACCCGCGGUAAAUGGUUCAGCUCCCAUCCCGUGCUCGUGGCACUGCUGAUUCUGCUGCUCCUGGUGCUGGUGCUGGCUUUGGGGGUGGCCUUGGCUGUGCAGUCAGCAGCACAGCUUCCACUUACACCUGCGACUCCGCUGUUGGUUCUGGGCUGUCCCCUUGGCUGGGUUGGGUACAAUGGAGUCUGCUACUACUUGUCAAGGGAUUACGGUACCUGGGAGCAGGGUCAGGAACGGUGCUCCGAGCUCAGGGCCUCCCUGGCCAUUCUCAAGGAUGAGGAAAUGGAUUUGCUCUUCCGCCUCUGCGGGAACAUCGAUUACUGGCUCGGGCUGCGCAGACGGGGCGAGCGCCUGCACUGGGGGGACGGCAGCAGCUACAGCUCCUGGGUUCCUGUCCUGGGCAAUUCCGAGUGUGUGUACCUGGCUGACCAUAAAUUCAGAAGUGAGAACUGCUCAAAUGAGCUGCCAUAUCUCUGCAGCAAGGCCCAAGCUCCCCUGUAACAGGGCUGGAGAAAGGACUUUGUCCACGCUGGGCAGUGCCAUCUUCAGCUGUUAGCCCAGCACAGGGCUGUCCUGCCUCAGCUGUUCCCUGGGCCUUGCACUUCCUCUCAGGGUCACCUCAGUGCCUGUUCAUCCCCAGUGCCAGUGCUGGGCUGGGGGUUCAGAGGAAAAGUCUCUGCAAUACAUCCUGCCACCCAUGCUGCCUGCAGUGACUGGAUUGCCCUCCUUACACAACAAGCUCACAUUGGAAAUCCAAAUGGUCCUGGGCUCUUGGAAAUCUUCAUGAACUGGCUUUCCAGCCCUGUGGGAGGAAACCCAGAACUGUCAAAUCCAUGUAGGAAAAGAGGGGAGCAAUAGCAGGUGGUGGAAAUGGCUGGCAAUUGGGAUUCAUUUUAUCUGCCUGAACUGCAAAGGCCGAGAGACCCCGAGCACCGCCAGUGUUGUGAUGUGUCCUGCCCUGCCCCUGGCCUGGCUGCAGCCGCCUGCUGAGACGGGCCCUUGUCUCUAAAGGAGCUGCACCCAGGGACACUGAGGUGCUGCUGGAGUAAGAUCAAUAGAAUAAAAUAAAGAGAAUAAAAAGCUGCA